AUGAACGCCUCCCAAAAAACUCCCAAGACACCGAAGCCAACUGCCUCCGUGCCAAUUGUUCAAAAUAAACGCUGGCCCCCAAUGGCAAACCGCAAUGCUCUCCCUUAUAAGCUCACACAUCUCUCAAAAGAGAAGCUCGCCCGUGAAGCCACCGCCCCAGAUCCAGACCUUCGCCGCUGCGUAGCACACUUCCGCCUACACUGUGGCUCUGUCACUUGGACUGAAAAUGAUAUGAAAUCCCGGAUCAGUUCAUUCGACUUCGAAGACACCGACGAUGAAGAAGAAAUGGAUGAUAUGAAGAACGCCGAACUUCCUGUGCUCAAGUCCAGACAAGCCGCCGAGCCACAAAAUCAAGUCACCGAACAAAUUUCAAACCCAGAGCCUGUCGCCGUUGCGGCUACUCCGGCAACACAACCUUCCCCUGAACACUCCGAGCAUGGUUUUUUGGAAAAGGGUCGCAAUUGUCUUGAGGCGACCUCUAAACACCUCUGGACAGGGGGGUCGUGCAUGGUUUCUCCCAUAUCGGGUUAA